CGUGGUGGGUUUGGCAGAGGAAGAGGUGCUCCACAAUAAAAAAAAAUGCUUUUAUGUAAAUUCAUAUGGUGACCAUUAAAUAAAUUAAAAACCAGCAAUUACUUUUUAUUUUUAAGGAACCCACUAAUAAAUAUUAAAAUGAAAUUCACACCUUCUAUUCCCCUAAGAAAAAUCCUGAUCCAGUUAAAUAUUUUUGUCAAUUCACAAAUGUGUGUGUUGUGGAAUGAUGCUGAAAGAAAUAACCAUUGAUAAAUUGACUUACGGUUAGAACAUAAGAACAUUUCAGAAGUAGCUGUAAAUUUGCUUUGUGUACUUAAUAAUGAAACUUUAUUAAUAUUUCUCCUUGAAGUGAAUAUGUUCACUCUUGACUGGAGUAAUAAAAUUGAUUGAACCUUUGUGAAUACCCUUCAUCAUUUUUGAUUGAUUCUGCAAGUCACAUGAUGCAGCAAAGCAUUAACGCAACAUUAAAGCAAAUACAAUUGCAAUAAUUAUGUGCUACCUGCAGGGCCGGAUUUACCUACAAGCAAAACUAGCAGUUGCUUGGGGGCCCCCAUUCUGCAGUGAAGAGCAGAAAAAAUGA